AUGAAGAUCAUCAAAGCACAUGACGAAGGGAAGAAGGUAAACAUUAUAGCACAAGAAGAAGGGCUGGCCCAUUCCACCAUCUCCACUAUUCUGAAGGACAAAGAAAGGAUCAAAAAAGCAAUUAAAGGAGCAUCAGGAACAGAUGCCAUCAUAACAAGACAUCGAACAGGCCUCAUCCACGAAACAGAAAAACUACUACUACUUUGGAUUGAAGAUCAAAUCCAAAAGAGGAUUCCGAUUAGCCUUUCUCUCAUUCAGGCAAAGGCGCGCAGCAUUUUCACAACACUGAAGGAGAGAGCGGGUCAGGACUGUACUGAAGUGUUCACUGCCAGCCGUGGCUGGUUUAUGCGGUUUCAGCGAAGAUUUAAUUACCACAGCACACGCAGGUCACGUAAAGUUGCAAGUGUUGAUGAAGCUGCCAAACGUUUCCUGGAUGAACUUGAUGAUAUUAUUGCAAAGGGGAGCUAUUUGCCUGAACAGAUAUUCAAUGUGGAGGAAACCUGGUUAUUCUGGAAAAAAAUGCCAGACUGGACCUAUAUCCAUAAAGAGGCCAAAGCAAUGCCUGGAUAUAAAACAUUUAAGGAGAAAGUAACCUUGCUAUUGGGUGGAAAUGUCUCUGGAUUCAAGCUGAAGCCAUUUCUGGUCCACAAAUCGGGGAACCAUCGUGCAUUCAAAAACGUAUGCAAGCGCAAACUGCCUGUUUAUUACCGAUCCAAUCAGAAGGCUUGGAUGACACAAGUCCUCUUUGAGGAUUGGUGUAUGAAUUGUUUUAUACCUCAAGUAAAGGAAUAUUGCUUGCAAAAAAAGAUUCCUUUUAAAAUUCUCCUACUCCUUGACCACAGACCUGGACAUCCCCCACAUCUCCACAAUAUCUACCCAGAUGUAAAAGUGGUUUAUCUACCCAAAAACACCGCCCCUCUCUUACAGCCUAUGGACCAGGGAGCUAUCGCAAUAUUUAAAGCAUACUAUUUACGUGCAAUGUUUGUCAAAGCCGUCGAUGUAAUGGAGGAGGAUAAGAGGGUGACAUUGCGUGAGUUUUGGAAAAACUACAAUAUCCUCCAUUGCAUCAAAAACAUUGCAGCCGCGUGGCAGGAUGUGACUAUGAAAUGCAUGCAAGGGAUUUGGAAAAAGUGUUUAAAAUGUUUUCCUGCUCUGGUAAAUAAUUUUCAAGGAGUUGACCAUAACAAAGAUUUGGAUGAAAUAAAUAAGGAAAUUUUGACACUCAUGAAAUCCCUUGAUUUAGAAGUCAGUGCUGAAGAUGUGAAAAGUUUGAUAGCCUACACUGAGGGAGAACUUUCAAAUGAAGAUUUAAUCGAACUGAAAGAAGAAUUGGAAGCAGAAUCCUUAACUGGAAUCACAGGUGUCUUCAAUCUUAUAAUCAGUUGCUCAGCCUAUUUGAAUGGAGAAAAAUUCUUGGGCACUUCGUACUGUAUGCAGCACAGUGACUAUAAACAAGAAAAAGAAAAGCAGAGAGUCGUCUGA